AUAAAAAUGGUUGAGAAAAUUCUUACCCUCAAUGAUAAUCAUAAUAAUAACUAAUAAUUCAUCAAUACAUCCCCUCUAAAAGAUUAUUUUCCUUGAUAUUUGGUAUAAACUAAUUCAUAUACUUCCUUUUCAAGGUUCGACCGCUCUUCCACUUCCAAUUUAAUCCAACUCCUGCAAUGAAUUCAUUACGACAAAAUAAAUGUCUCACUGCACAAUCAGAAUGAAAAAUUCUCAAUUGACAAUGCCAACAUCGAAAAGGUAGUUGCACCAUCCUUCUUGGUCAUAAUUGUUGUUUCUUUGACACCGAGAUAUAUGCCAAACCUUCCAUGUAAAUUCCACAAAUUCGUUGAAGACAAUUAAUAUGAGUUGUAACGACAUAAGUGACAGUGUUGGGUGAUAGGAUAACUAGACUAUAAUACCAUUUGAUGAAAGAGAGGAUCUUGGUAUCCAUGAUUGAUUAACAUAAAGAUAUCAUUAGAGGAGAAUUGGACAAAAGUAAGGAAAAUAAAUAGACUAUGAGAUAAUAAAUAAUUAGAGGAAAUCAAACUAUAGAAUUUAGAGAGCCCAUAAGAGACUUGAUAAAUCCAAGAAGAUGUAGAACAAGUAUGGAGAGAACAAAAUUAAGAGCAUUAGAGAGGAAGAACAUAGAGAGGUUUCAGAUAAUUGAUAAGGUAAACCUUUUGUUCUUCUUUAGUAAUUUAACUGAAUGAAUAAAGUACACUUUUGUUGGUGGAUAUAAGGAUGUUGAUGGGGAAGCAAUCUCAAAUAAGUUCCAAAAAAAUUGCAUUCAUUUUGAUAUCGAGGUAAAUCUAAAUGCAGUUUGAUAAAGUUUUUAUAUCACUUCCCUUACACAUGUUUUUUUUUACUCUUGAUAAAAAUUUUGGACGAUAAUCCGUUAGGAUGUCAUUAAAAAAAGUUAUGAUAGAUGUAUAUUUCUUUUUGAUUUUUUUGGUGAUGAAAUAAUUUAAAUUAUUUUAUAAACCCUACAAAAAUGUGUCAUGUCUCCUACAAUUAUAACUUUUGUUUAAGUUAUUGACCAAAUGAAUCCGACCAUCGGGUCGGGCCCUACUCUAGUAAGCCAAAAUAGAGAAGCAGACUUUUCCCCUCGUUUCCAUCCUUUUUUCCCCCCUCUCUCUCUCCUUCUUUAUUGUCUUCUCCAAUAACAAUCAAUCCUCCCACAUUCAACCUCUUUUUUCCCCAUUGUUCCGUUCUCUGCUCUUUACCUGUUCUCUCUCUCUCUCUCUCUCUCUCUCUCUCUCUCUCUCUCUCUCUCCACCUACUUAGUUCUCACCGUCGCCGGAACCAGUCCCACUCGGUCGUCUUUUUUCUCCGUCGGGGAAGAUAAGAUGGAAUAUCUUGACCCAGCAACGGCGCCGUGUUCCAUUGACGACUUCCUCAACUUCGCUUCCGACAUAGGGGAAGAAGACGACGAACAGACACCUUCAUACCCCGGCCGCCGCUCCUCCUCCGUUAAACCGAAUGGCGUCGGACCCUCCCCCUUCGACUUUUCCGACCCGGAUAACCCAUUGACAGAAUUCCCUGAGGAAGAAUUGGAAUGGAUUUCCAACAAGGAGGCGUUCCCUGCGCUCGAGACAUUCGUCGACAUUGUAUCCGAGCACCCGGGCAGUCUGCCGAAGCAGCACAGCCCGGUCUCGGUACUCGAGAACAGCACCACGAGCAGGCACAAUUUGGGUUCUGGGUUCAUAAUGAGUUAUUGCCGGAGCCUGCAGGCUCCGGUGAAGAAGGCGAGGAGGAGCAAGCGGCGAUUGAAGUGCCGGACUGACAUACAGGACCCGCGGCAGUACUGGUGGAACCACGAGAAGUUGUUAAAGAGGGGAGGAGGGGACAGGAAGUCGUCGACGGCUGGGAGGAAGUGCCAGCAUUGUGGCUCUGAGAAGACGCCGCAGUGGCGGGCAGGCCCUUCGGGUGCCAAGACGCUGUGCAAUGCCUGCGGUGUGAGGUUCAAGUCAGGGAGGCUGGUGCCGGAGUACAGGCCGGCCAACAGCCCGACUUUUUCGAUGGAACUGCACUCGAAUUCGCACCGUAAGGUUUUGGAGAUUAGGAAGAAGAAGCAUGGUGGGUCGGAUGGUUUUGUAGCUGUGAAAACACUGUGAGAAGGGGUAGGAUUAGGAACAAAGGCUAGCAGUGUAGUGGUAGUAGUUUCUACAUAUAGGGUUAGUGGAAAGGAAGGUUGUAGGAGCUGGAGAAACUUCUAUUGAACUUUGAAAUUGCAGGGUACGUAGUUGGUUCUUCUUCCUUUGGCAAUAGGAGAAAGUUUGAGUCUUUGUUAGUGUGGGUUUUGGCUGGUAUGUGUCAUUUUCUUUCUUUCCUUCUUCUUCCUCUAUAGAAUAGAAAGCCAAGGUAGUGUUAAAUUGAUAUUGGUCUACUUCUAUUUCUGCUUCUACUCUUCAUCAUCAUCAUCAUGUAAAGUUCUGAUUUUUCUGUUUCUGGAGAUGAUGCUUUGGGCUGGGGGAUUUUGGCUAUGAUUGUUUCUUUCCGUUCAGAGGUUGUGGCUGUGGUGGUGGUGGGAUCAUCAUUGAAUCAAAGUUUUGGUUUAGGAUUUGGUUAAAGUGUGAUGAUGAGAGAUGGUUCUUCGUCCUCAUUCUCAAUUUUGCAGUUGGUUUUGUUUGUAAUGCUGAAGAUGCUGGCGGUGGAUAUGGCUUUUCACUCUUUUGAUAACGAAUCUUACGCUUGAACCGAAAAUGUUAGAGAUUUAUGGUUCAGCGAUUAAUUGUUACAGAAUUAUUGAUGUAUUGUACAUUAAAGGCACAUAUUACAUUGAUUAAGGAUGGAAUUUAUCAUUAACCAUACGUAAUUUCAAAUUCAUAUCAACCAUGACCUAAAAUUCUAACAAAUUAGUCAAACUAGAACACAAAAUAAAUUAUAAGCAUUAAU